AUGGCUUCAGCGACUGAGGCAGAGGCACAGACUAAACCAUUCUCAGUCCUCUUUGUGUGCCUUGGCAAUAUCUGUAGAAGCCCAGCUGCUGAAGGUGUCUUCAGAGACUUGGUCAAGAAAAAGGGUCUUGAUUCCAAGCUCACCAUUGACUCUGCCGGUACCAUCAAUUACCAUGAGGGAAAUGAAGCAGACCCAAGAAUGAGGGCUGCCUCUAAAAAGCGUGGAGUCGAGAUAACCUCGAUAUCAAGGCCAAUAAAACCGUCGGAUUUCAGAGACUUCGAUCUGAUACUUGCAAUGGACAAGCAAAACAGAGAGGAUAUACUUGGGGCUUUUGAGAGGUGGAGUCAUAGAGAGACCUUACCUGCUGAUGCACAUAAGAAGGUUAGGUUAAUGUGCUCCUAUUGUAAGAGGCAUAAUGAAACCGAAGUCCCAGAUCCUUACUAUGGUGGAUCACAUGGCUUCGAAAAGGUUUUAGAUUUACUCGAAGAUGCUUGUGAGUCGCUAUUGGGAAGCAUUUUGGCAGAGAACAGUCACCUUUUGGAUUCUUAG